AUGACCAGCACCAACAAACUGGCAGAGAAGGUUCGUGUGAGUCUGCAGUACGAGGAGGCCAAGAGAAGGAUCGCCACCAUCGAGGUGCAGAUCGCCAAACUGGACAGCGAGGCGUGGCCGGGGCUGCUGGACCCGGAGCGGGACCGCCUCAUCCUCAUCAACGAGAAGGAGGAGCUGCUGAAGGAGCUGCAGUACGUCAGCCCCCGCCAGCGCCUGCAGCCCAACGACAAGGAGAAGCUGGAAUCUGAGAAGAAACGUCUGGAGAGAGACCUGCAGGCGGCCAGAGACAACCAGAGCAAGGCCCUGACCGAGAGGAGCAGCAGCUGCUGCAGAGUUUCUGUGUGUUUACUCUCUGACUCUCUGGAGAAGGUUAAAGGAGGCGCUGACAGCACUGAGGAGGCAUUAUCGUCUCCUCUGCUGAUGAAGUGA